AUGGGUGCUGCACCGAGCGCAGAGAUACUCCGCGAGGCGCCAUUCCGCCCUGCACGCGGCGACUCUGGCCGCGUCAUCGCGCUGAUUCCCAUGACCGCGGACUUCUUCCCGUCCCCCGAGUCCCAGCUCUUCGGGCAGCUCUACGAGGCCCGCUGCGACCCCUACGUGCGGUACUACUUGCGUCGCGACGCAAACACAGACGUCAGGCUGGACGUAAUUCCACCCAUUGCCUUCACCCGGGAGGAGUACUACGCGGCCUGCAUGGACCUCGCCCGCGCGUGUCGGCUCUACGAGACGACCAAUGAGCUGCGCCAGUGCUACAUGGCAGACCCGGCGCGGCACCACCGUUUGGUUCGCCCGGUUCCCUGCGCCGUGGCCUUCCUCUACAACGACCGGCGGGACACACCGGAGGGCUGCGUGGUGCUGGGCGGUGCCUGCGUCACGGUCAUUGGCGGCAUUGGGUGUGAGCUGAAGACGUCCGACGCCGACGCGGCGGCCCCGACGUUGGAGCUAAUGAUAUUCCUCCGCAGGUCGGCCGGCGACCACAACAUGGUGCGUGCCAUGCUGUUUGCCUCGUGGCUCUUCCACGCGCAGUGCAAGGAGGCGUGCGGGCUGCCGCGCGUUCCCAUGCUCCCCGUGAGCUUCCGCGCACUGAAGACGAACAUUCCAUUCCUCUGCUUCCUGCGUGAGAUGCGGAACCGCGUGGACCUCCUGCACGAAAACACAGCGGAGCACUCCAUGUGGAUUGACGGGGCGUUUGUUUGCGGCGCCGUCACCGCCGAGCAUGCGGCGGAGUUGUGCGAGGCCUUUGCGGCGCAGUAUCGCCUCCAGCUUGAGGCGAAGGCAGGCGCAAAGCCGGACACCCGGCCCCUGCCGCUGGCGGCGCGACUCGUCGACGACUCCUCGAGCAGCAGCGUGGAUGCGGGGGAGACAGGCUGCACGGGCCAUGGCUUGGCCGCCGCCCGCUUCCACAAACAGUUCUUCACCCUUGCCGGCUUCAUAGAAACGGACGACGUCGUCAUCCCAGCCGCGACGCACAGCUCAAACGAGGUGUACGUCGUCUGCGUUGAUGCCUUGGUGCACGUUGCGCAGCGCGGGGAGGAGGCUGCAGCCGGCGACACCGACGGCGCGGGUGUCUCUGGCGGAUUCCCGUUGAAGGUGCGACGCGGGGACAUCAUUCGGUUUGUGCCGGCGGCCGCAGAGCAGACGCAGGGGGCGCAGUACCCCAGUGCGGAGGGCAGCUGCACAGGCGCCACUGAAGGCGCCGAGGACGCGGAGGCGCGGCAGGCGAGGGGCGGCAGCUGGCAGGUGGACGCGACCAUCCACCUGGAGAACGUCUUGCUUUCCUUCGUGCACGACGAGUGCAAGAGCGCCCGCGAGGCCCAGGCGAGUGACCCGCACUGGCUGCGGGACAAGGAGACAGGCGAGCUCGUCGCUGACGGCGGCUUCCUCAUCUGGUGCUUCGAGCGCAAGGGCACGAAGUACUUCUACGGCACCGUGCCGAGGUUUGCCAACGCGUUUAGGCACCGACGGGAGGCGGCGCGCCGUGCGGCAUCCCGCGCGGAGGCCGAGGCGCACGACCCGCCUGCUGGCGAGGAGGGUGGGACGCAGCGCAAGGGCGCCGCCGCCGCCGCCGCCAGGGCGAGGGCGAGGGCGCCGGGCAAAGGCGCCUCGCAGGCCCACGCGGCCCCCGAGAAGGAGCGGGAGCCGGGCCACAGGAAGGACGACGGCAGGCUGCCGCGCGACGCGGCCCGGCUGCUGCCGUGGAUGGUCGUGAACGACGUGGGCCCGGGCCCCGUGAUCCCCUGCUACCCCCCGCUGGCCACCUUUGCCCCCCUGCAGCCAUGCUACGCGGAUUCGGCCCCGUUAAUGAUGAUGUCUCCCUCGUUGGCGUACGGCUCCGUCUCGGGGGGGCUGUCCGGCGACUCCCGCGGAGACUCGCUGCUGGCGCCCGACGAAGGCAGCGGGCGGCGCGGCGCGGGCCGGUACGGCGCACCGGAGUCACCGCCGCCGCCGUGCUUGCCGGUGGUGCAGGCCGUGGGCAUGCCGCCCGCGCCGUCGGUCCAGUACGUCCCGUACGCGCACACCCUGCCGCCGCCUCCGCCGCCUCCGCCGCCGCCUCUGCAGACGACGUACUACUGCGUCUAUCCUGCGCUGCCCCACUCCGGCAUGCAGCCGCUGCAGCCGAUUUCGUACCUGCCCACGCAGCUGCCCCCGCAGCCCAAUGGGAACCCGCUCUUCAUCAUGCGGCCGUGA